AUGGCUAAGAAGACUUACGAUUUACUUUUUAAACUUCUCCUAAUUGGAGAUUCUGGUGUGGGCAAAACAUGUAUAUUGUUCAGAUUUUCAGAUAAUCAUUUUACAACUACAUUCAUAUCUACAAUCGGUAUAGAUUUUAAAAUAAAAACUUUAGAACUUAGAGGUAAGAAAAUAAAACUUCAAAUAUGGGAUACAGCUGGACAGGAGAGGUUUCACACCAUCACAACAUCUUACUACCGUGGAGCAAUGGGAAUCAUGCUGGUGUAUGAUAUAACAAAUGAGAAAACAUUUGAUGAUAUUGUCAAGUGGUUAAGAAAUAUAGAUGAGCAUGCUAAUGAAGAUGUAGAAAAAAUGAUCCUCGGUAACAAAUGUGACAUGGAAGAAAAAAGAGUUGUCAGCAAAGAACGUGGAGAGGCGAUAGCGCGCGAGCACGGGAUCAGGUUCAUGGAGACAUCGGCCAAGUCCAACAUAAACAUUGAGCGCGCGUUCUCAGAGCUGGCGGAGGCCAUCCUCGACAAGACGGCGGGACGCGAAGCGGACGCCGACCUGGCGCGUAUCGCAGUCGAGCGCCGACCAUCGCGCGCUCCGCCCGCCCGCGCCUGCUGCUCCUAG